AUGUAUCUCAAGCAGCAUGUUAUCCCUUCUCCCAGCAUGGGUGCAGUGCACUGGUUGGCAAAAGACAAAGGAUACAGAAUGGAUGGCUACUUAGUACCACCCUUCUCCAGGCUCCUUGCUGUGUUCACGGUAGAUAUAAUGGAUAGGUACUAUAAGUACGGCAUGAUAAUUGAGCUUGAGCAUACGGGUAGUAGUCAGCAGGACAAACAGAAACAACCAUAAUUUUCAAAUUUGCC